UUGAAUUUUACAGUGAACGCACAACUAGCUGCUGUGUAUUCUGAUGUGCGUCGGACAGACGAGUGUGAAAACUGGAGUAGUUGGGGACCGUGCACUUGGCCUAGCAAAGAGAACAAGGUUGAAGAGUGGCACAUUCGAUUACGUUGUGUCAACUGCAAUGCGGGAAUGCCUGCACAACUAUCAAGCAGUGUUUUUGAGCAUGGACAUCGCAUACUAUCAUUGAACAGACAUCACUAUGAUACUUUCUCCAGUGUCUACAAGUUUCAGAUGUCAUAUCUGAAUCAAAUCAGUCCAAUAUGUCAACGGCAUUGGUUUUACAAAUAUGUGAAGAGUCAUUACGAGCAUUCGUUGAAUUCAUUCUUCGACUACAUGCGCAGCGUACUGAUUAGGGACCGACCAUGUGGAAUGUGUUCAUACAGACAAUCGUGUGGAUUUGGUGGACGUUCCAAAUGCCACGUCAGUCCAUUCGAAGUUCAAGGUGGACGCGCAAUAAUACCGUUCUACGUUGCUGAACGAGUUUGUAAAGAGAGCGAUCUGAAUGGUAUUGAUCCAAUGGAGAGUUGUGUGGCUAACUACGAUUUAUUAGCAGAGAACGGUGGUGAGUGUCAGUUAUGGCCAACUGAUAAAGUUGAUUUGAGCGAUGUGGAAUCAGCUUUCCGCGAGAAUAUUCGACAACUUAAAUGGUACAAUUGUCUGCCUCAAAUCAGAAGGAUCAACAAAUUGGGCAAGAAAAAGCGUCAGCUAGUGUGUCGAUGUUGUUGUUAUCCGUUUCAACCGAAUCCAGUCACAUUUCGAUGCGAACAAACACCCAACACACCAUCUGCACCUGGCUUCUGA